AGUCUUGUUAUUCUGAUUCUGAAACCGAAUAGAAGAGAUCCAGUUGAGUCGAGUCCAACCUUUGCUUCCCCAAUUUCAUCUGAGAUUCGCACCAAACUGGGUGCCAAUUUUGGCAGAAUCGAUCGGCAAUUGGCAGAAUCGAUCGGCAAUUGGCAGGAAGAGUCCCAGGCUCUGGUCUCCGAUGAACUUGAAGUACUCCUAAGUUCGUUAUCAAAUAUAUGGGUUUGUGAUUCUGCAAAGUUGAAAUCCAGUUGCCCGCCAGAAGCUGUAAUAAUUCAAUUCUGAGUUCCAAGAAAUCAUUUCCUUAACCAUAAGCAGUACAAAUGCACCUAUUUGUGCUGAUUAUGGUGAAGCAGUUGAAGAAAGGGGCAUUAAUGAUGAUGCUCAUGGUGUUAAUUUUAAGAUAGCUUCCAAUGGUGAAAGGCAACAGGAAAAGGAGUGUGGGAGAGAAGUUAAGCCAAUAUCCAUGAUUUGUACCUUUUAGAGAGUAUCGCUUUGCAUUAUAUAACCAGUCUUCCAGGUGCAUAGAUCUUUCAAAUUUAAUCAUUUCAUUGUCUGAUUCUGCUUAUUAUUGAUUCAAUUUUUUAUUAUCAUUGAUUUCUGGUUAUUUACCACAUUCUAUUGUGCACUGGAUGGUGGAGGCGUGCCACACAAUUUCUGUGUUUUAAUGAGAAAUCCAAACUCCAAAGCAAGCUAUUUGCUUCCAGAUUUCCACCUUCCUUUGCUAGGAUGCAAAUUUGGUGCUUGGUUCUACCUCUAUCAUAGAGUAGCAAAAUCCUUGCUAGUGGUUUUGGCGCUUCCCACCUUCAUCCCCAAUUUCUGCAGUUAUGAUGAUGGAACUCCUGUAAACAUUGCAGCUGCUCAGCCAAAAGCUAUUGGAAUCUCAGGAACUUCCAAGAAUAAUUACACUCAAAGCAAUGUGGUUUCACCAUUCUUCAAAAUAGGGUCGGCUCAAUCAAGCUCAAAGCCAUCGUCCAUUCAAGGAUGGCAUGCAACCAUGAAGGAUGCUCAUGCUUCAUAUCCUGAUCUGGGUGCGGCUACUUUCUUCUUUGGUGUAUGUGAUGGUGCAUUAGGUAAGAAUUGGAUGCCUCAAAUAAGGUAGCCUAACCGAGAUAAGGUAAAGAUUAGAUGGCUUAAGUGUUCUAGUCUCUAACAUUUGACUGAAUAAUUACAAGCAGGGCAGAUUCUGAUUGGAAACAGUAAUACAUAAAAACUGAGAGGAAGGACUGGGAAGUUUCAAUUGAUUUGGUUUCCAGAAAUUCAGGGUUUCGAAAUGAGGUUACCUUCAAAGUGUUUAAAAUGAGCAAAGAUGUAACGAUGCUGGUAGUGAUUCUGAAAAUGAACAACUGAUGAUGGUUUGUAAACUUUUCAAUGAUUUUUGUUUUGAUUUGAUCAGCAUCAUUUUCCUAGUUGUUUCAUUUGAUUGGGGAUUUAUGAUGUAGAAUCAGGGAACCCUUCCAUGGAGAGACAUCAAACUCAUAGCACCUUUGAACACUGAACACUCAAAAAGACAGUCUGGGAAAGCAAGGCAAUAUCUUAUCAUUCUUAGAAAGAGUUGACUUGGACAGACGUUUCUGCUUCUUCCUAGCUGUCAUUCUUCACUAGAUUACAUUCUUUCUUUUGGUUGGACAGUACUUCUAAUUCAUGUUUAUCUACAAUUUUUAAUGGGAAAUCCAAACUCCAAAGUAGGCUAUUUGCUUCCGGAUAUCCACCUUUCUUCGCUACCUAGGAUGCAGUUUGAAACAGCUUUUGUAAAUAACCUUCUUUAGGAAUAUACAACAGAUUUUGGA